AUGAAGUUCAGCAUCCUCACUGCCCUUACCGCCAUUGUUGGCAGCGCUGCCGCCGCUAACCAGGCUGUCGUCAAGAACGACUGCUCUGGCACCAUCUAUGUCCAGUCCUGGCCUUACAACGGCGGUGCUCCUGGACCUCUUGUGACCCUCAAGCCCGGUCAGAAGUUCUCUGAGAACCUCCGCUCUACUGGAUCUACCGUCAAGAUUGCCACCACCAAGACUCUCUCCAACCCUCUCUUCUUCGGCUACUCCUCCACCUCCAAGCCCAACUACGUUUACUACGAGUUCAGCACUCAAUGGGGCAACCCCUUCGCCAACAAGCACAACAUCCUUACCACUGGUAAGGGAUGCAAGCAGUUUGACUGCGCUGCUGGCGAUGCUUCUUGCUACAGCACUCCCAGCAUGAAGAAGGUCUAUGGCUGCCCUCAGCCUGCUACCAUUACUGCCACUAUCUGCGCCAAAUAG